AGCAGCAUCGAUGAUGCUGAGAAGGGGAUGUGUGAUAGCACGACCGAGUUGAUGGUUCCGUCACCAUUCGUGUACUUGGGCCAGAAAGGGUCGCGGGGUUUCGAUCCUCAUCUUUCUCCCGUGUCCCCAAUUCACGAAGGCAUCACCCCUCUCUCCAGCGUCCCGGAACUCUCACUAUCAAGGCCAGCUGCAAGUCCUCAAAAUAGCGAUGUUAAGGUCGUUGAUGUCGCUGUCAAGAAAUCUAGCCCGCCGAAGCCAAUGAUCAGCAAGUGGAUUCUGUUUGAGCUCUGGUUCAACACCUACCGGAAAUUCUUCACCUUGGUCACCCUCCUCAACUUGACCGGGAUAGUCUUGGCUGCACUGGGUAGAUUUCCAUAUGCUGAGAACCACCUGGGUGCUCUAGUGUUGGGCAACCUGCUCACCGCUAUCCUCUUCCGCAAUGAGCUGUUCUUGCGAUUUUUGUAUUUUGUAUUCAUUCAUGGCCUACGAAGUUGGGCUCCUUUACCCAUCAAAUAUGCUGCAACAUCUGUACUGCAACAUGUGGGCGGUAUCCAUUCUGGGUGUGCACUUUCAGGCGCUGCUUGGCUGAUCUUCAAGAUUGUCGAUAUUAUCCGGUACCGCGCUGUGCAGCAUACGGCUGUCCUCGUUAGCGGCAUCAUCACCAACAUUUUCAUCAUUAUUUCUGUCUUGAGCGCCUUCCCUUGGGUUCGCAACACAUAUCAUAAUGUUUUCGAGAAGCACCAUCGCUUCAUUGGGUGGUUAGGUCUCGCUACAACCUGGAUGUUCGUAGUAAUGGGCAACAUAUACGACAUCAAGACUGGAGAAUGGAGAUCAGAUGCCAACAUUCUAAUCAGCACGCAAGAGCUCUGGUUCGCUGUCUUCAUGACAGUCUUUAUCCUCAUUCCCUGGGUCACUCUCCGCCAGGUCCCCGUAGAGGUCGAAAUUCCAUCUCCUAAAGUAGCCGUCAUCCGUUUCCAGCGCGGCAUGCAGCAAGGCCUCCUCGGCCGCAUCAGCCGCACCUCCAUAAUGGAAUACCACGCCUUCGGCAUCAUCAGCGAAGGCCGCGACUCCCCCCACCACUACAUGAUCUGCGGCGUGCAAGGCGACUUCACGCGCGCGCUCGUCGCCAACCCGCCCAAAACAGUGUGGACGCGCGAGCUCAAGUUCGCCGGCGUCGGGCACGCCUCCGCCAUGUUCCGCCGCGGCAUCCGCGUCUGCACGGGCACCGGCAUCGGCGCCGCGCUCUCGACGUGCAUCCAGAGCCCCAACUGGUUCCUCAUCUGGAUCGGGUCGGACCAGGAGCGCACGUUCGGGCCUACCAUCGCGGGUCUCAUCCACAACAACAUCCCGCCUGACCGCAUGAUACUGUGGGAUAGCAAGAAGAGGGGCGGAAGGCCGAAUACAAUGGAGCUGCUGAAGGAUACGUGGGAGGCGUUUGGGGCGGAGGUUAUCUUCAUCACGAGUAAUAUGCAGGGGAACGAUGAGAUGAUGCAGGGGUGUAGGGCUGCGGGGCUGCAUGCGUUUGGGACUUUGUGGGAUUUCUGAACGAGACGGGAGGGACUCUGUGAAUGGACACUGCAUUGGAUUCAUCGGCGUUGGUGGACAGGAAACAGAUGUGCUGGUGUAGAUGUGAUAUAUACUUCUUAGACAAGGGUCGUUUGUGAUAUCGAUACAUACAUCAUAUGAUAACAUUGGCCAGCUCGCAAGGCUCGCCUGGUC